AUGGCCAGGGAGCAAGAUAAGGCGAGACAAGACCUGGAGAAUGCUGAGCAGAGGAACCUGAAGUUUGUGAAAGAGACGGACGACCUCCACUCCGCCCUGGAGCAGCUCGCGGAGGAGAAGGUCAGCUGUAUGGAGCCACCCAGAGGCUGUGGCUGGCCCGGUCCCAGCACGCCCAGCAUGUGCGGCAGCUGCAGGAGGAGAUGGCACAGCGCAUGCCCACAGGCCGCGUGGUCGAGCUGCAGCAGCUGCUGGAAGGGGAGCAGCGGGCGGCUUGGCGGCUCCAGGAGGAGGCGCAGUUUGAAAAGAGCACACGAUCAGAUCUGCUGCUCAAGGAGCUCUAUGUGGAAAUGCCCACCUGACAAAAGCGCUUCAAGUCAGUGA